AUGGGGACGAGUAGAAUCGUUAUGUUACUCGAUAUGGACUGCUUUUAUGUUCAGGUUGAACAGCGGGAACGUCCAGAGACUAGAGGGAAACCUUGUGUUGUCGUUCAGUAUAAUGAAUGGAAAGGAGGAGGAGCCCUUGCGGUUAGUUAUGAAGCACGAGCUCUAGGUAUCAAGCGUGGGAUGUUUGGGGACAUAAUUCGUGCUCAAUAUCCAGACAUUAUCAUGUUCAAGGUUCCAGAAAAACGAGGUAAAGCAGAACUGACCAAAUAUCGUGUUGCUGGGUCUGAAGUCAUUCACUGUAUAUCUGAAUUUACCAAGGAUAUUGAAAGAGCUAGUAUCGAUGAGGCGUACGUUGACCUGACUGAUAUUGUGGAUUCAACUUUAAUGGAAGAUGAGAAUUUGUCAUCGUUGAAACCCAAUUUAGAAUCAUUUGUGGUAGCUAACAGCGAUAUCGCCGAGCAGUUUCAGUUAGACCUCACUGAAACUAAUUGCCUUCCACUUACUGGUGUUGAGUGGAUUAAAUUAUUGGACUCUAACUUUGAAGAGGGAAGACGAUUGGCUGUGGCUUCUGAACUAGUAUACAACAUUCGGCAGGCUAUCUUUAAGAAGACGGGCUUUAAGUGUUCUGCUGGAAUUGGUCCAAAUAAAUCCAUUGCAAAACUGGCAUGUAGUUUAAAUAAACCAAAUAAGCAAACAUUGAUUCCACGUGAGUCGAUUCCUGUUCUCCUUGGAAAUACUCAUAUCAAUAAAAUACGAAAUUUAGGUGGCAAAUUAGGAAAGGCAGUUAUUAAACAGUUCAAUAUCGAAACACUUGGUCAGUUGAGCUCGAUCCCAAUAUCUAUUCUUACAAAGGAAUUUGGUGAGAAAACAGCAAACUGGCUUCAUGAUUUAUCUCGUGGAAUUGAUCAUGAAGUGGUUGCUUCUCGAUCACUUCCACAAUCUGUAGGGUGUAGCAAAAAUUUUCUUGGACGUGCAACACUUACAUCAAGUGAACAAAUAAAACGGUGGUUAUUAUGCUUAACAGAAGAAUUAUUUGAAAGAUUGGAUGAUGAUCUUGAACAGCAUCAACGUUAUCCAACGCGAUUGAUUCUUUAUGCUCGUACAACAAAUAAUUCACAUGAUGAAAAUGGUAAUGUUAGUGAUACAAAUCUUAAACCAGAUAAAUGUUCAAGUCAAACUGAUAAACUUGCCAGUGCUGCCUUAGCCACUUUAAAAGAAGUAUUUUUCAAAGGAGAAGCACCAGAAGUUUGGGAUCCAGGCAUAACUUGCUUAGGACUGUCAGCUGGGAAGUUUGCUGCCGAUCCAUCUGUUUCGAACGCUGAUAUCCGAUAUUUAUUACAAAAGAAACAGGAAGAAUCUCCAAAACUAAAUACUGUAGUACAAGAGCAAUCUAUUUCAUCGCUUCCACUUGAGAACACUUCAUCGAUAUCUUCAUCAUGUGUUGUAGUAACCUGUACUGAUGAUAAAAAUAAUUCUUGUAGUAGUUCAUCUGAGAAAAAACGUAAUUUUGAUAAUACUUCUAUUGAUGGUCGUAAUAGUUGUACGUCUUUUUUCAAACGUUUACGAGUUGCUGAAAUUUCUGCUCCACUUCAUCCAGUUACAUUAAUUGAUAAUAGUCAUUCAUUAUUAACUCAGAGGCCAACAGAAAUUCAGAAUGAAAUUCAUUCAAAUUUUAUAGAUUGUCUACAACGUCCUGGAUUAUUUGAAAGUGAACAUUCUGUAGUAAAUGAAUCUCCAUGCAUAGAAGUUGAUUCAGAAUCACGUCAUUCAUCAACUUCAGAUUCGACUAACUUUUUCACAUCAUAUUCAGUUGGUGACUGGAUUAUUUGUGAAAAGUGUAAUUCUCGUGUAUCUGUAUGGCAGAUACCUGAACAUGAAGACUUUCAUAUUGCACAGCGUAUACAACAUGAAUGGAAAAAUGAAGCUACUUCAGUUGUUGAGUUGGUGAAAUCAACACCAGUCGAUAGUAGUAAUAAUAUUCAUCAAAUAGAAAAUUCACUUUCGAACAAAAUAUCUUCAUUUAAAGCCAAAUCUGAGCAACAACAACAACAACAACCCAAACAAACUAAAAAGUCAAAGAAAUCACACAACUCAACUUGUGGAACUUUAGAUAAAUAUUUUCAUAGAGUCUCUUAG